AUGAUUGAAGAUUCAAUUUGUGACAAUGUCUAUGACUUUGAUGGAAUUAAUACCCUUUUCAUCAAGAGACCAUUCAGUGCAAAGUGGACCAUGGAAACCACUGAGAAACUUUCACCAAAAGGAGAGAGCAGAUUGAUUAUCAAGAAUCCAAGUGGAGCCAGAAUAUUGAUUCAUGCCGUCAUCCAAGGUUUCACCAUCAACCAUAUGCAAAUGAACACAUAUGUAAAUGAUAUCCAAUCAUUAACCAAUAUCUGUAGUCAUGCCACAGAAAAUAUUCCAUUCAUGUUAGAGAUCAAUGAAAUUGUUUCCCAAGAAACAAGAAUUGUUAUUGACUUUAAAGGAUUUACAAGAAAUUCAAGUUUCUUGGAUCUUGCUUCAAUCACAGGUAAUAUAAAAUUUAUAUUUUAUAUUCUUUUAUAA